GCUAACAGUAUGUGCGUGUGUGUGUGCGUGUGUCAACCAGCGGAAUCUAGUGUAUUUAUAUACUAGGCUAAAUAAAGGACAUAGUAGAAAUACACUGAAAAAUAAAGAAAUAUUAAUAAUCGAAGCCUAUCAUACACAAACUUUCAAAGGACAUCUCGCAAAACAGUCAACGAGUGAAGGAAACUUGUCGGUAAAUGAGUGUUGUGCUUCUGUCCAAGUUGUCACAGUGAGGAAGACUCUGUGAUGGACUGAGAUGAGCGUUGUGAAGUGAGAGAGUGAAGUGAGUGACGCGAACAUGGUUACUGAAGUGCUGGGUGGUGGUGGUGGUGGCGGUGCUAUCACGGGCAGGCCACUCACGGCUGAUGACUUGGCUGACUCGCGGCUGAAGAGUCCCGGGCUGCUGGCUGACUGGUGGCCGGGCUACCCGGUGUGGCAGGGGCAGCGGGACGCGGCGGUGCCCAUGGUGAUCAUAGUGACGUUGGCGGCGGUGGUGGGGCUGGUGGGAAACUUGGUGGUGGCGGGCCUGCUGUGCUGCCCGGGCGGUGGUGCGCGUCGGUACAGCCUGACGGGGCUGUACCUGCUGCACCGGGCCAUCGCCGACGCCUGCGUGCAGGUGGGCCAGCCUCUGAUGGUGGUGACGGUGGUGGCGGACAAGCACCCGUGGGCGUGUGUGUUUAAUCCCGCCCUCAUGCAGCUGGGAAUGGUGGCCAGCAUUGUGUUCCUCGCCAGCCUGGCCCUGGACUCCCUCCUCGCCACACAGCCACACCGCUUCCCCGCCCAUACCCGCCGAAGCGUGCUGCGGGCGGCGGUGACGGUAGCAUGGGUGGCGGGGGUGGUGCUGUUCACCCUCACGGGCCUGGGGAUAUUCCGGAAGGGCGACAUGUGUCUGGAGGCGCCGCUCUUCCUCAUCCACACCCAUGACGGGCUGUUCGUGUGUCUCCUGCUGGUGUUCCUGCUGCCCCUGGCGGUGCUGGUGGCCUCCCUCACCCUGGUGCUGCUGAAGAAGGAGCCGCCGAGUGUCGGGAGAGCGAGCAGCGACAAUUCACCGCGAGAGCGAAUUCAGCGAGCCGCGGCGGAGGCAGGAACUGGCGGGAGAGAGUCCGCGCCCGCCGUCACCACCACCACCACUACCGCCGCCGCUCCUGCUGCCGCCAAGACCCUCACGCUGCCUCGCUCUGCCCGCCUGCUGGCUUCCCUGACCCUGGUCUUCGCCGUGACACAGCUUCCCUACUGGACGCUGCGGAUCCACUACGCCAGGGCGCGGGAGCUGCUGCCCUUCCCGGUCCACGCCGUGAUUUACUGCCUGGCGGUGGUGGGGACAGCGCUCAACCCGAUACUUGGGGUGUGGUUCAGGGUGGAGCUGUGGCAGGGUGUGGUGGCGCGUCUCCUCCCACCCUGCUGCCGCCGUGCCGCUUCACACCGUCUAGCGAGCUUACUAACUCCAGCGUCUUCAGUUUGGUGGUGCGUUUCAGAGAGGCGGUGGAUUGGAGUGAUGUAAAGGGAAGGUAGCCUAUGCGCUUCCUCUCUCACCGCGAUCAUUUUCAAGGACCACAGAGACGAUUAGCAGAGUUCUAAAGAGUAUUUGUAAAGUUGAUAAUGCAUGAAAGUUGCUAACAUAUCGCUAGAAUUAUAGAAACGUCCUUAAAAACGCGUGUCACUUCAAUUCGAGUCCUUUGAAAAGUGAAGAUGCUGUGAGGCGCGGAAGUGUUCUAGAAUGAUUUAGCGCAGUAUGGCGGUGUGGACCAAUCCGCGUGUUCCUCGUGGCUGUAUUCCUUCGUGUUGCCAUCCAUGGUUGCCUCUGUAUAGAUGGUGAGCUCACUGUUCACCAUCACACAUUUUCCUCCGUUCAUGUCCCCAGUAGUCAAAUUAAACAUACAAUUCUC